AUGCGCUCGCAGAUUGCAUGCACCAGAUGUCGCCGAAGCAAGACCAAGUGCGAAAACACCGGUCAGGGCACGACGUGCAAGGCUUGCGCGAAUACCAACCGCGACUGUACCUGGGACCACGCGGCUGUCGCAAGCAGCACAGGAUCUGUGCGCCGCGAUAGCACGGCCGAUUUUGAUGCCCCGCCCAAGAAGCGACGCAAGCUACUAGCACCAACAUCGACUACAGCGCAACGCUCGGUAGAAGGCUUGGGCUCGCCUGAAGAUGCUCUCCAAUCACCAUUGCUUACUUCUCAGGUCUGGGAAGAGUUGUUUGACAUCUAUGAGAAGCAUUUCUCUACCGACUUCCCCUUCUUGCAUAAGCGAACUUUCCUCAGCUCUGUGCGGCCGCCGCCUUCAUCUGGCAGCUCAUCUGAAGUUAAGACUCCGACUCAAGCUCCAACACCGCGCGUGUAUGCGCCUUUGCUCUUAGCCUUCCUUACCCAGACUGCUCGUUUCCAUGACAAGCUCGUAGCGCAAAUGGGUAAUGACCCGAUCAGGGUUGCCGAAUUCUACGCAUCGGCGACUCGCACGCAGAUGGGAACGGAUAUCAUUGGGUCCCCGAAUGUGGAAAAGAUCCAAACACUCCUCAUGUUGGGGUAUUAUGAAUGGACCAAUUUGCAAGGUACUGAGGGCUGGAUGAAGGUCGGGAUUGCUAUCAGAGCUGCCAUAUGCCUUGGGUACCCGCACCUGGAUGUCGAUGAAAGCGGACUACCUGCACCACUGAAAGACUGUGAAAAGGGCCUUUCGGAAAAGGACCAAUUCAUACUUCGCGAGACUCAGCGGCGUACUUUUUGGAGCUGCGUCCUCAUGGAUUGCUAUCUGAGUUGGGGGGAGGAUCGGCCGAGGAUGCUUACGCCCGAUCAACUUCAAAGAACUCAACUUGUCUGUAGCGAUGGCGCAUUCAAUUUUGGAAAAAGAGCAAGAACAAGGCUUCUGGGCGAAGACGAUGCGAUGUAUACUGCGCGGAGGAAACGAUGGAACAAACAUGCUGAGGAACGCCGUAACGACCACGACGGAGCAGAUCGAGCCAGUGCCCUGGACGGGGGGAGGUGGGAAGUUGCUGAGGGGGAGGCAGAACUAACAUGGUACAUCAAAGUUGUUGUGAUCUUCGGAGAGGUCUCACAGUGGUCGUGUAAACGCGGCAGAAGACAAGAAGGCAAGAAUCCACCGUGGUGCGCAACGACUGGCUUCAAGAAAUUGGAGGACAAACUCAAGCAGUUGAAGCGCGACCUUCCUGAUCACCUCCAGCUGACCUCGGACAACAACGACGACCGUAGCUACAACUCGCCCGGCAAAUACGUUGCGAUACAUGCAAUGUACACAUUGUGUUUUGUGUGGUUGUACAGAGAGUACAUGCCCACAUCACCAUGGACGUUGACGUAUCCCCGCGGCCCGUUGGAUGAGCCACUGAUUGAUGAGAAACCCCCGGACCCUGACUACUGGAUCAAGCAAGCCAAAGACUCCAUCUACUGCCACUACUUUCCUCACAUGGACCCGGACGACGCCCUCUCAUCUCGUAAAGACCCUAGAGCCCAUGAUAUCGCAAACGGCUUCCUACUACGCAUUCUGAGUCGCUUCAAGAUGGCCCGCUCGUGGCUCAGUCAACUAGCAGAAUGGCAAAGAUAUUACCGCCGCGAGAAGAAGAAGUACCGAGAACUGAGCGGCCAGAUCGACGAUUCUCCAAAGAGCAACUCGAGUGACGGUGUCGCUAGUGGCGGAUUGAAAGACUACGCGCAGCUCUUCGAGAGAACGCACAAGCAAUUCGGUGACAUUGCUAACGCUAACGACAACGACGGACAAUGGCCCGACAGGGAUAAGGACCUCGCAGAUACGAGACUGCCGCAUGACGAAGACUCCGCAGAGCGCACUUUGCCUACCAGCGCCGCUUCGGUCAAGCAUGAGAUGCAAGGCGCGCCGGAGGAAAAGUCUAGUAACCAGUCCGGCUUCACUGCUGUCAAUCACAAUGGUCAACAAACACCUCCAGCUCCUCCUCCAGUCACCCAACCAUCAACCUACGCGCACGGCGGCCGUACGCCUUCUUAUGAUCAAAACUCUCACAUGCGCGCCACAGUACCGGUCUCACCAGCGCAUCCCUACCAACCAUAUCCGUAUCCCAAUACUCAGCAGCAGCCCCUGAGAAGUCCCUUCCAGCAGUCUGAUCCCCGUCAAUCGCCUGUGUCAGCCACCGCAUCCGUCCCGAUACACAGCGUCUACCAACCAUGGCCACAGGCACGACCACAAGAGCUACAGGAGCAAAAGGUCAACAUGGAGAUUUGCGGCGCUGCCACUUUCCCCAACGGCUGGGCUGGGGACGUUAUGAUUGGUGAUAGUGCUCAGGACUUCAACAAUUGGGGCCAGUAUGGCUUUCCGACUAUUCCGGAUAACUCGGGGUAUUAUCAGUCUGGGUAUUCGUAUCCGCCGCAGUAG